CUCUUAUGACCACUGUCGCGCCCAGCUCACCGUCAUCAUUCCUGCAGUAUUCAUUGAGCUUCCCAACGAAAAUGAAAACAUUAGUAAAUGUGCUACUCGUCACACUAAGCAUCGGUUCCGCGGCUGCCAUCCGGUGCUACCAGUGUUCCUCCCAAACCGAUCCGAAGGGUGUCGACAACUGUGGCGCGUACAAGGCGUUCAACAAGACGCAAAACAUUGCGAUCGAAUGCAACAGCGAUGAGUCGCACAUGCCCGGCUCGUUCUGCAUGAAAGUGGUGCACCAGAGCCCGCGAGGAUUCAUCUGGGAUGGCCGAUGGCGUCAGGUCAUCCGGCAGUGUGCGUCCGUCUCGGAGACGGGUGUUACCGGAGUGUGCAACUGGGGUGUGUACGAGAACGGUGUGUACUGGGAGGAGUGCUACUGCGUGGAGGACGAGUGUAACGGGGCACCGGGUUUGAAAGCCACGUCCUUUACCGCCCUGUGCCUUGCAGUGUUGCUAUUUGUGGCUAAAAUUGUAUCGUAGGCGCUUAUUACCUCCUUGGGUACACUGCCUUCCCUUCAUUCCAUCCGUGUCGCCGUGGUGAGCUUGCUGCAGCUAAGGAACUGUUUCCGUCCAUAUGAGAAUAUCAUGCAUAACAUUCCGUCUGUAGAUUGUGAAUUGUAAGUUUUAAACGUUAACAGACGAUUUUUUUAUACACAAAAACGAUCAAUAAAAGGUACAAUUGUAGUAAAUAA